AUGGCCGCCGCCGGCAAACCUCCAGCAGGCUUUACCGGGCCGCAGCAGCUCCCCAUACCGGGUCGUUUCCGCUCCGCGGGCUGUGUCUCCAACGCAGGCAUCUCAGCAGCGGCCCCUUUCGCCUCCCCAGGUGCUGACGGCAAUGCGGCCGGCUUCCCCUCAGGUAGCUUCAUUUCCUGGGGCCGCAUCAGCUCCUGUGGCUCAAUUCGCAUGUCGACUGCCGCAGCAAGCUGUGGCGCCUCGAUUGGUUUCGCCUGCCACCGCUACCACUGCCGUAUCCAUGUGAGCUGCAUAGUUGGGUUCGGAGCUCAGAGCGUAGCUGGCCUUCGUGCGUGGAUUGGAAGUGCGGUGCGGCUCAAAGUUUGA